GACAGUUUUGACAUUUUCGAAGAUACCCAGUUGUCACAAUAUUUUUUAAAUAAAUAUUUGUAGUCUAUUAUAGUUGUGUAUAAUUAUUAACUUUAUUUUUAGAUGUAUAUUAAUUUCUUAACUUUGUUUCUGGAAGACAAGAGCGACUAGACACGAGUGAUGGUGUCCCCAUACCUGCUGAGCUGAUUGACGAGUUGUUAUGUGCUAUAUAUUCAGUUGCUUCGCAUGGGGGAUCGACUUUGUGCAAAGGUUAGUUUCCUUCUUCUUAUCUUGCCUUCUUGCCAUAGCGAUUUGCUUCGGGCUGACGGUCGCCAUAGUCACUGGCAUCGCCUAUGGGUACAACUACUCAAUGGCCGAGUGGCUCACAUUCACACGAAAUGAUAUCACUGUAUAUAUGAGGCGAGGAGCGUUCUCUAAAUUUAUUAAACCACAGUUGAAUCCAGCUGGCAAUCCCAAUCCCGGACCUUUCGGGCGUUCGGGCUUAAGAAGAGUUGGUGGAAAUGAAGAAGAAUUAUUUAAUGGAACCGCUAAUGACUAUGAAGAUCAUAGACCGCCAGCAGAAAGCAAGCCUCUAGCUGACACAUGGCUAAAGACCCAGGAUACAAGAAAGUAUGCAGAAAUCUUGACGAGGUACAAUCCAAACAAAAGAGCAGAAGUCCAAAAUGUCCAAAAUGCUCAAGACUUAGUCCCUAUUCAAAGUAUGCAACAAAAUCAGCAACUACUUAAUCAACAACUACUUAAUCAGCAACAACUUAAUCAGCAACUACUUAGUCGGCAACAAUCUAUCCAGGAACCACCUCGGGAACAAAUCAUUCCUCUGCUUUCACCUAUGCAGGAACCACCGGGCGGUUAUAGGCCAUCGCCUGACACUCCUGUUAUAUCUAUCAUGCCGAACCCCAUGAUACCAACUGUCUCCUGGCGAAGUGGUUCUUCAGAAAUAAUGAUGAGAAACUUCCAACCUAUUCAAGACCACACGUCGCGAAGCAGACAUACAGAUAUGCCUGAGAAUUUGUUCCCAGCUCCUGAUAAAAAUCUGGAUUCGGUAUCCAUUAUUGGUCUCAAGGAUCAGGCGAAAGAGUCAUCAGAAGCCAAGCAACGUGAUGAUUUCCAUAAAAGUUACGUGCCGAUGCGAGUGUGGGGUACGACUGCGAGAGCCGUCAUCGCUGACGAGCCCGAAGAUGUGGAUGAAGACAACGUGGUGUACAAACCUGUAUAGCUGCAGAAGCUGGUUAGAAAGCGGACCUAAACUUAUAACCUAUCGUUCAUGGUCAUUCUACCAUAUCCAUUACUCCUUUGUGACAUGUUUAGUUAAUAAAAUUCAAAUAAUCGUA